CUCAAAAUCGUUCACCAUAAUUCACUGAAGUAGCCUAUAUAUUACAUAUACAAAGUCUUAUUACUAUAUUGUAAAAUACAUCUCACUCUCACUAACUUCUCUUCACCCGAAAAUGUCGACCGCUCCUCUCUCCGGCUUCUUCCUCACCUCUCUUUCUCCUUCUCAACCUUCACUCCAAAAACUCUCUCUUCGUUCCUCUCCCGCCGUUGCUUGCCUUCCCUCAUCCUCUUCUUCUUCUUCUUCUUCCUCCUCCCCCUCUCGUUCCGUUCCAACACUUAUCCGUAACGAGCCCGUUUUUGCCGCUCCUGCUCCUAUCAUCACCCCUUAUUGGAGCGAAGAGAUGGGUAGCGAAGCAUACGAAGAGGCCAUUGAAGCUCUCAAGAAGCUUAUUAUCGAGAAGGAGGAGCUAAAGACUGUUGCGGCCGCUAAGGUGGAGCAGGUCACGGCAGCACUUCAGACAGGUACUUCCUCCGACAAGAAAGCUUUUGACCCCGUCGAAAACAUUAAGCAAGGCUUCAUCACUUUCAAGAAGGAGAAAUACGAAACCAACCCUGCUUUGUACGGUGAGCUCGCCAAGGGUCAGAGUCCUAAGUACAUGGUGUUUGCUUGUUCCGACUCGCGUGUGUGUCCAUCGCACGUUCUCAACUUUCAGCCAGGAGAGGCCUUCGUUGUCCGUAACAUAGCCAACAUGGUUCCUCCUUUUGACAAGAUCAAAUACGGUGGAGUAGGAGCAGCCAUCGAAUACGCUGUUUUGCACCUUAAGGUGGAGAACAUUGUGGUGAUAGGACACAGCGCUUGUGGUGGGAUCAAGGGACUCAUGUCUUUUCCUUUGGAUGGAAACAACUCCACUGAUUUCAUAGAGGACUGGGUCAAAAUCUGUUUACCAGCCAAGUCAAAAGUCAUAUCAGAACUUGGGGAGUCAGCCUUUGAGGACCAGUGUGGCCGAUGUGAAAGGGAGGCAGUGAAUGUUUCACUAGCAAACUUGUUGACUUAUCCAUUCGUGAGAGAAGGACUUGUGAAAGGAACACUUGCUUUGAAGGGAGGCUACUAUGAUUUUAUAAAGGGUGCUUUUGAGCUUUGGGGACUUGAGUUUGGCCUCUCCGAAACUAGCUCAGGGCUGAUUCGCUUCUGUGUGUUGCUUUACAAGAUGGCAUUUGCGACUCUUAGGAGACGGCUUCAUCACGGGGAUGUAGAUGGGAGAAAGUAUGAACGUUAUGAUGCAACAGACUCCGAAACUUUAAGCGAGCCCUUGUUGGGAAGUGGAUAGUAAAGAUGCCUACAAUGAGGAGCGUACUCUGGAGGAUAUUUGGGAAGAAGAACGGAAGAGACAGCAAGUUCACUGGACGCUAAUCUUUUCUCAGUUGAUUGCACAAUGGGCUCAGUGGAUAGGUUUGGUGUGGCUGUCUUGUUUGCUAUUACUCGUUGAUUGUUUAAAAGAGGAAAUUACUAGGUGCAUUUUAUGCGUAUGGAGCUGUUUUUUUUGCAUCAUCAAAUCAUUGAUAUCCAUCUUCUUGGUUGUUGUUGUUGUUAUAUGUGUGCACUUAUUCUUUCUUAAGGUAAAAAAAAAAAAAUCUAAGAACUC